CUUGCAGUCUUUGACAUCCAUCUGACUUGUGUCUUCCGGUCUGUCUCUCUUGCCGUGAAGACGCGGUAACACGAGUCGAGCAAAUAUGGCUCAUCGCACUGGGUUGACCGGAUCGCUGCGGGCCUUGCAUGCUACCAGUGGACAUCACAUCCGCCGGGUUUAUCCUGUCAGCAAUGCCUCUCGGGGAUGCGCAUCUCAAGUUCUCGACAACUGGCGAAGACCUUACGCUUCAUCUGCUAGCGAAGGAGCUGGGCCAUCAUCAACGUUCUCCAACCAGGACAAGCUGCCGCGUUUGCCGAUUCCGGAUCUAGAUAAGACUCUUCAGGCAUAUAUCAAGAGUUUACAGCCAAUUAUGGCGGACAAGUUCAGUAAAUCAGAUCUUCCACAUGAGGUUGAGAAGAGAAGACUGUUUGCUAGGGAUUUUGCGGCUCCAGGAGGGCUAGGUCGGCAAUUACAAGAGAGAUUGACAGAUCUGGAUCUCGUUUCGCCAAACAGCUGGCUCACAGAUGCUCUAUGGCUCAGUCUGGCUUAUCAUUCUUGGCGUGCCCCCCUCAUCGUCAACUCGAAUUGGGCAAUGCUUUUCGGACCUGAUGCCGCGGAUUCAGAUCACCCGAACCCGAAUCCUCAGAUGGAGGCUGCUUCUGGCUCACAGGGCGGUGGCGAAGAGUAUUUGAGUGGCAAUCCAUCAUUCAAGAAGGGUCAACGUUGGGAUGAGCUGGUUCAACGGGAGGAAGUCACCUCGUGGCAGAUCAGGAGGGCUUCGUGGCUGGUCCGGAAGUACGCAGAGCUGAGGGAGAAAGUGGCCAGAGAGGAGCUUCCGCCUGACGUCUCCCGGUCUGGCAAGCCAUUGUGCAUGCACCAAUUUACUCGACUUUUCAACUUUGUUCGAAUACCACUUCCUGGAUCUGAUGCCUUCACCAAUCCCGCUCCGAAAGCUACACAUAUCUCAGUCAUGAUAGACGACUUUGUCUACUCUGUCGAAGUCUUCUCUCCCGCUGGCUCUGACGGCAUUCCGACACCUCUCCCAGUUGGACAGAUCGAGAAGUCUUUACAGGCUGUCGUGGCGGAUGCAAAGGCCAGACGGAAUCACGGAGAACAAGCCGUCAAGGUCGGCGUCCUGACGGCGGAUGACAGAGACGCCUGGUGUGCGAACCGCGAACGACUGAUAUCUCUAUCCCCUAAUAACCGUCAUUCCCUCGACUCCAUUUCCAAAUCCCUCCUCUGUCUCUCGCUUGACACCUACACACUUCCAUCACUUCCCACUGAAGAUCCUCUUGCUCAGUCAUUCGUCGACGCUCAGCUCCACAAUGCUUUUGUCGGAAUAAAUGGUGGAACAAACAGAUGGUACGAUAAACCCACUGAUUUGGUCGUCGAGACCAACGGCCGAGCUGGUAUUUGCGGUGAACACAGUGCUACCGAUGCAAUCUAUCACGCAGCUGCAAUCGACUAUAUCAUGCAGGAAUCAGUGGAUGAUAAAGCCUUCUCAAGCUCGUCUCAUGGUUCGACGAGUAAAGGCUGGGAGAGGAUCGACUGGGUGAUCGACGCUGGCUUAAAGAAAGAGAUCAGUGCAUGUCAGGAGAGGAACCGUAAAUUGAUGGCGGACACCGAUGCGAGCCAGUUAUGGUGGAACGAGUAUGGCGUCGAGUGGAUCAAAAAGCAUGCCAAGAUCUCACCUGAUGCGUACAUUCAGCAAGCAUUGCAGUUGGCCUACUUCAAGGAUCAGGGAAGCGCUACUGCGACAUACGAAUCAGCAUCUACCAGAUCAACACUACACGGACGUACAGAGACCAUCAGGAGUUUGACAACAGAGUCUCGGGCUUUCGUCAAGUCCAUGAUGGAUGCUUCGCAAAGCAGUGAGAAGCGUUACAAACUUUUGAGCGAAGCUUGCACGGCACACACUGCUUUGUCCAAGCUCUCCAACCAGGGUCUCGGUAUCGACAGGCAUUUGAUGGGUCUCAAAGUCCUUCUAAGACCCGGUGAGACUCAUCAACUAUUUGAGGAUGAAAUGUUUGGCAAGAGUCAAGAAUGGAAGAUGUGUUCAAGUGGAUUGACCGCAGGAGGCACAAUGAUGGGAGGUCAGUUCGGGUCUGCUUGGCCUGAUGGAUACAGUAUAUCAUACUUUGCUGGACCGUAUCUGCUCAAAUUCGGUGUGGAGGGCAAGUGGAGUGCGCAGACUACUAGCAGCGCCCGGUUCAAGCAUCACCUUGUCCAGAGUCUACGGGACAUGCGCAAGGUCGUGGAGGAGGCAGCGAAGUGAAAGUGGCCAGCUCAUCGCUGCUGUUUCGCCCUCUAUGCAUUUGUGGGGUUACUCGAAGACGCUUCCA